UUCAACACCGGAGCCACCUCCACCUCUGAUUCUUGCCCUUAUUCUCCGACAACAAUAUUCAUUUACACAACAUGGGCUGGUGGUGGAGUUCGUCUUCUCCUACCAAAAGCGAACCGCAAAUCAUCUCUUCAUUCGAUAAGAAACCGGCGCCAGAGAACACCGGGACACCUACAUCGCAACCGCGGACAUUGACUCGCGAAGAACGAGCAGAUGCGGAAUUGAAGCAAUUGCUAGCCAGCCUGGAGGGAGACAUCAAUAAAGGAUCUGAGGCAUCGCAAGAGUCGUCGUCCUCCGCAGAAUCACCAGAGUCCGCAUCAUCACUCCCGUCAUCCAUAGCGCCCGAAUCUAUCUACCCCGAUACAAUGUCCUGUCGUUCUGCAUUCGACUACGCAUUCUUCUGUCAAUCAUUUGGCGGGCAGUUUGUCAAUGUUUACCGAUAUGGCGAGCUACGCUCGUGCAGUGAACACUGGGAUAAUUUCUGGCUUUGUAUGAAGACCAGGACGUGGUCGGAUGGUGCUCGUAAGAAGGCAGUCAGAGACCACUAUCGCAAGAAGGCCAUUAAGUAUAAGACAGGGCCCAGUAGUGAGGAUGUCUGGGAUCUCCGGACAGAGCCAGUUCGGAAUGCUUUUGAAGGGGAUUUCGCUGCUCUAGAGAAGGAGAUGCAGGCCGAGGAAGAAGCGCAGAGGGCUGGUGCCGCUUAGGUUCGCCGAUGCUUUUUAAUGUGCCUGCAAUCUCUUGUUCAUCGGUGUAUAUAGAUUUAAAUCCCGGAUACUUGUCCCCUGCAGUUGAUGGGACUCUGUAUAGUACUCAUUGUUUUAAUACUAUGUCAAGCAGCAGCCAUAGACC